AUGAAGUGGGCCACUUUCCCAAGAGAGGCAACAGCGCAGUCUACUGGCGAGCAGGGAGACAAGCUCGCAAACCUCGGCUAUCCUCAUGUCAUUCAAUUGGUCAAGCAGGUCAACUACGGUCCGCUUGAGAGCAGGAGGUACUUUGCCGUCGCCAAGGGGAACGAUGAAGAAGAAGCGUUUGUUGAAGUCACCGAAUCGGAUCUCAUUGCAGCCAACUACAAGAAGCUGAAUGCGUACAAAAACUUCAAGUGUUCGACCCACAACAAGUUCUUCGAGGUGAACGUCUAUGAAAAGGAUCCAUUCAACGCUCAUCAUUGGCGUCAGAAUAUCGCACGUCCUGGAAGUGAAAUUGAUCUGUAG